AAGAGGAAUCAUAUGGUUUGUUUCCAAAGCAGACAAGUAGACAUGUUCUUCAGCAUCUCUCUCCUCGUACUUUCUGUCCUUUCUUUAUGCGAGGCAAUGGACAGCAGCAUUAUUGGUGGAAAUGUAGUGAAACCACACUCCCGACCCUACAUGGUGUCUGUUCAGAUUAACAAAAAACACAAGUGUGGUGGUAUGCUCAUCAAAAGAGAUUACGUGCUGACUGCAGCCCACUGUGUAGACAAAAUUGCAGACACUGGAAACCACAAGCUGGAAGUGCUCCUGGGAGCUCACAACAUCAGUGAAAAUGAACCCCAGCAGCAGAGAAUCCAAGUACAGAAAUACUUCAAGCAUCCUUGUUACAAGAACAAUGAACGUUUAAAUGAUAUCAUGCUACUGAAGCUGAAGUCCAACGCAAUACUGAACAAAAAGGUAGACAUUAUUGCUCUCCCUAAGAACAGUGAAAGCAUUCCAGCGCGUGAGCAAUGUUCAAUCGCUGGUUGGGGCAUGACACACCAGAACGGCAAAGAAUCAAAUGUCCUACGAGAAGUCAAACUCAAAAUACAGUUUAACUUCGAAUGCAGAAAGAUUUGGGGUGACUAUUUUUCCACUGAGAACAUGAUCUGCACUGUCUCUGAUGGAAAAACAGCUUUUUGUCAGGGUGAUUCAGGGAGUCCUCUCAUCUGUGGUAAUGAACCACAAGGAAUAGCUGUAUAUACCAGUGAAAACUGUUUAAAUCGCAAAUAUCCAGAGGUAUAUAUGAAGCUCUCCUACUUUCAUUCAUGGAUUAAACAAGUCAUACGCUAGACAGUACACAUUGUAGGAGUAACUGCAAUCCAAUAAAAUAUGCAAUG